AAUCAUUUUCAUAUUUAUCAUGCUAGUCUUAUCUGGUCUGCUGCAGAUAUUGAGCAGGCAAUCCUAGAUUCACAACAUCGGUGGCUAUGCCCAGCUGAAAUAUGUGUAAUUCUUCGAAAUUAUACGAAAUUUCGUUUAUCCUCAGAACCUCCAAACACACCACCCAGUGGUUCCUUUUUUCUUUUUGAUCGGAAGGUGGUGCCACACCUUAGAAAGGAUGGACAUAAUUGGAGAAAGAAAAAAGAUGGAAAGACAGUUAAGGAAUGUCACGAGAGGCUGAAGGUUGGAGGUGUUGAUGUUCUGAAAUGCUACUAUGCCCAUGGAGAGGGAAAUGAAAAUUUUCAACGACGCGUUUAUUGGAUGCUUGAAGACUUCAAUAUGUCAAAGUUUCUGAUAUUUUCUAAAUUUCUAACCCCAUGCAAUUUCAAAGAGGAUAGCUUUGAGGAUGUAAGUAAUCCCCAAGCAACUUCUGUAUUCCACUCUUUUCAAGAGCUACAACAGCCUACUGUGGAGAAGUUUGAUGGUGCAACCUCUGAUCCUGAUGUUCCUCAGUCAUAUUCAAGUAAACUAGUUGUUUAUGUUCUUUUAGUGGGGUCAUCCCAUGUGUUGAAGUUGUGCUUUUCAGUAGUUGCAGAUUCUUAAUGAUUAAUAUUGUUUUCUGAAAAGCGAAAACAGAUAGUUUUCAAGGGAAAUUGUCAGUUGUUCCUGGUACAAAUUUAGCCUCCAUUCAAGCAGGUGAGGAGAAAUCUAACAGUGAUUCUGGAUUAUCAUGUGAGUCCGAGAAGCACCUUGAUUUUGCGUUGUGUGAAGAUAUCCUGGAAAAUUGUACUCUUGGUAUGGAAUCCAUACAAUACCGGGCAUUGGUAUCCUUUACAGAACCCAAUACCAUGGGUCAACUUUUGAGCAACAACUUUCCUAGAAGGCAGGAGUUUAGAGGGCAGCCACAGAUGCAAGAAGAGUAUCAGGUACUUUUCAAUUGUGUUUGCCAAACUUUGGCCAGAAAUACCUAAUUUAAUGAAUUUCAAUUUUGGUUUCUGGCAUAGUCAGUCAUUAGAAUUCAUUGC